AACACUUCCACCACUAGUGUUUGCAAACGCACGGGUCGCCCCAAGGCUGCGAAGGAAUCCUGAGGAAAGCGUGCAUUUUGUAUUCCUCUGUACUUGUGAUUUUUUAAAGUAAUUUUUUUUCUUUUUUAUGUCUGUGCAUGGUGUUCGAAAUUAACCGUCUAACCAUGUUUUCCCGGCACCGUUUCUACCCUGGAACUGAGUCCACGUACAUCGCAAAUGAGAACGGGUGGGUCUGUAAUGUACAGUAGAAAAAUAACUGAUUUCUCGAGGUCCAGGUUGAGGCCUGCAUGUUAAAGAUCCCCUUCCUCCCAUCCUGAAUCUCAUCGUGAUGACUGAGGAUCAACAACCUGAUCAGCACCCGAAGCUGGGCUCUGGAAUAAGCACGUUACCAUCCCUAGUUCCUGGACUGCAAGGGACUGAGGCCAGUGCGUUGCAGCUCAAAAUAAAGAAUUCCAUCUGCAAAUCUGUACAGUCAAAUGUGGACAAUAUUUUGCAAGAUGUGGAGAAGUUUACAGACAUCGAGAAACUCUACCUCUACCUUAAGUUGCCUUCUGGUCCCAGCAACAGUGAAAAAAGGACUGAGAGAGGGUCUGCCAGUCCUGGAGAACUCUCAUGCAGUGAUCAGAGCUCCAUGUCAUCAAGCCGCACUCAGCAGAUGCACGCGUUCAACUGGAUCCGCAAUCACCUAGAGGAACACCCAGAAACCUCUCUGCCCAAACAGGAGGUCUAUGACGAGUACAAGAGCUAUUGUGACAAUCUCUGCUACCACCCACUGAGUGCGGCGGACUUUGGAAAGAUCAUGAAAAAUGUAUUUCCAAACAUGAAGGCACGUCGACUUGGCAUGAGAGGAAAAUCAAAAUACUGCUAUAGUGGACUGAGGAAGAAAGCCUUUGUCCACAUGCCAUCUUUACCCAACCUGGAGUUACAUAAAACAGGGGACGGGUGUGAGGUGCUGGAGCCCUCAGGUCAGCUGUGCAGUGCGGAUGAGGAGGUGCGCUCUGCGGCCUGUGGCCUGGUGUGUGAAUGGGCCCAGAAGGUGCUGAGCCGCCAGUUUGAUGCUGUGGAGGACCUGGCUCGCUUCCUCCUCAACAGCCACUACAUCGGCACCAAAUCUGUGGCAGCCCUCACGGUCAUGACUGGUACACCAACAGGAGUUAAAACGCCGCUGCAAUUCUCAGCAUUCGCCCCCACAGCUGAAGCCCACUCCUUCCAGCCCCAAGUGAAGACCCUGCCCUCUCCCUCCAUCGAUGCCAAGCAGCAGCUCCAGCGGAAGAUCCAGAAGAAGCAGCAGGAGCAGAUGCUGCACUCCCCCCUCCCCGGAGAGGCUCAGGCCAGGCGGGCUGACGUGGGCACGCCUGGGGUUGGCUCCAUUACCUGUAGAAGCCCAGCCCUGCUCUCCCCACAUCCCACCAUUGGCAUUGUGGUAGCUGCAGUCCCCAGCCCCAUUACGGUACAGAGGAGCAGGCAGCUGAUGUCCCCCAGUCCUGUGGGAACAUCGGAGGGCAAGAUUCUGCCUGUCAACUUCCAGGUGGUGACCCAGUCAAUGCAGCCUGUCAAGUGUCCCAAGACCCCUCAGAACAUCUCAGCCAGCCCUGUCGGGGACCGCUCUGCCCGACACCGCUAUGCCCAGAUCCUGCCUAAACCCUCAGCUACCAGCGCCAUCACCCUGCGCUCGCCCCCCACCCUGCUCAUCACCAACAGCCCCAUCAAGACGGUGAUGCAGCCCACGCCCCACGUCACCUCUGUCAACGUGGUCAAGAUGACCACCAUAUCCCUGGCUCCCAACUGCAGCACUACAACCACCCUAACCAACACCACCUUACGGCCUGCCUCUGCUGGCAUGGGCAGCACUGUGGCCCUGGAGGAGAGCAGGCCCAGCCCACGGGCCAGGAGUGGCUCUGCAGCCCCCAUCCUGUCCCCCUUAGCCAGGUCAGGCCGGGCCACCACCACCCCUACCAUCGACAUCAAGAUGAUGGAGGGUGAAGCCAUAAGUGAGGGCAGCCCGGCCCUGGUUGCUAGCCGGCUUACUAUGACUGAGGAAGCUGCAGGGGGCCAGAGGGCUGGAGGGGCUGUACCAAGGGCUGCCAGUGUGCCCACACCUCACACUAAAGGCUCCCUGGGACUGGAGGCAAUGGCUGGAACCAAAUGCAACGGAAAGUCCUCUUUGAGCAACAACACUGUGGCAGCUACAGCUGGUAGCAAUAACACCAAUAACGAAAGCACUUUGUAUUUGACGGUCUCCAAUCAGAAUACCAGCACCACUCUGUCACCCAAUGGCGGCACUGUUGCUACAUCACUCAUCGCCUCCAAGAGCCCCAGGAAGCGCCCAGGCGUCGGCCCAGAGUCUUAUCCCACGCCUGUCAAAAGGGUCUUCAUCUCCCAGCAGCCUGUUGGGGGCUCCGAUGGUUACAGACAUGGGAUUGGUGCAGGAGUGAAGAAACUCCCCAGGGCAGGAACCCCGGUCAGACCUGAAAGUGCACCAGCCAUCGGCAAAGUUACUGUGAAACUGAACUCCACUGUCCCAACUCGAAUCUUGUCACUCUCUGAUUCCCCCAUCGGAACCAGAGGCUUCCAGACUGUUGUCAAACCACAGAGCUCCGUGCAGAGAAGAGACACUCCGACCACCAUGGACACUAGCAGCAUCGGCAACGUUAGUGCCCAGUUGGUCAUGCACGAAAUUCAGCACCAGCAGCACAUGACGGGUAACAUGCAAGCCAUGCCCAACAACUCUGCCCUACUGGAGCAGUCUGCUGUGAGUGACCUGAGGAACACCAUGUGGGCUGGGGACCAGCUGGAGGGAGGUAAGCAACAGCAUCAGGCCUACGCCCAGCAGAUCACAGAGCACAAGCAGGCAUCCACCCCGAUCAUGGAGCCCAUGGCCAUGAUGGGCCAGGCCCCAGCCUCUAGCCAGGUCUCCAUGCAGACAGACAUGGACUACUUCCACUUCAAUGAUGACGAUAUGACCCAGGACAGCAUUGUGGAGGAGCUGGUGCAGAUGGAGGAGCAGAUGAAGCUCAACAGUAGUCUGCAGGCCUUCGGAGCUGACGUGACGCUGCAAGGCCAUCAGUCUAUAAUGCAGGGCAACAUGAUGUCGUCCAACCAGACAGUGACCUCUUACUACCAAUCAGUACACAGCAGCACCACCCCCAUCCACACCCCCACCCCUACCCCAACUCCCACAUCCACCUCUGAGAUGAUGGGAGGAGGCCAGGGCCUGACCAGGGAGAGCCCCUGCUCCCGCAUAGCCCCCACCACCCCGGUGGACAGUGCCCUGGGGAGCAGCCGACACACCCCCAUCGGCACUCCACACUCCAACUGCAGCGGCAGCGUGCCCCCCAGCCCUGUGGAGUGCAGGAACCCCUUUGCCUUCACGCCCAUUAACUCCAGCAUUACAGGCUACCACGACGGCAGCCUCGUCUCCAGCAGCCCCGUCAAGCCCAUGCAGAGGCCCAUGGCUACUCACCCAGACAAGGCCAAACUGGAGUGGAUGAACAAUGGUUACAACAACAGUGGGGGGAACUCCAUCAACGGCAUCAGUAUCCUCCCCAGCUAUCAGGACCUGGUCGACGACCACUUCCGAAAGCCCCAUGCCUUCGCCAUCCCUGGCCAGUCCUAUCAGUCUCAGACGAGGCACCAUGAUGGACACUACGGCCGUCUGACACCCAUCUCUCCGGUGCAGCAGCAGGCAGCCACUAUGGCCAACCUGAACAAGCAGGAGGGCUUUGCUGUGCCCGCCCCUCUGGACAACAAGGCCACCAGCACAUCCUCAGCAGGCGGGACCUUCCGCUGUCGUAGUGUGAGCCCUGCCGUGCGCCAGCGAAACCUGAGUGGCAACCACGGCCUGCAGAACAUCCCCCGAACAGUGGUGUCCCCCUUCACCUCCCCUGUGACCCCCGAGAUGAUCAACAUCAUCGCCAACAGCCAUGGGGACGUUAGUGUCAGCAGCAUGGCACAGAGGAGCCAGUCUGUGCCUGUCAACGUGAUGAUGCAGAUGGAGGUGCUGCCCAUGCAGGGCCAGAACAACAGCAAAAAGAUCACCAACGUGCUCCUGAGCAAGAUGGACGGGGACAGUGACGACGCGGUGCGGGGCCUUGGCAUCAACAACCUGCCGUCCAACUACACAGCCCGCAUGAACCUCACCCAGAUCUUGGAGACCACGCCCAGCUUCCCCAGCAGUGCCAACCACCAGAGACCCAAUGCUCAGAAUGCGUACGAAUUUCAGAAGCCCGGUUACCUCAUGAAGAACUCAAGGAACGAACAGAUGAUUCUCUCAGCAGGUGACAGCCAAGCACAAUCACAACAACAGCAGCAGCAGCUAGAUUUCAGCACCACCGUUAAAGACCUCUUAGCGGACGGCAGCCUUACUCCUGGCAAUCAGCUCGUGGGACAGGUGUCAGAACUCAACGCUGUGGGGUCUGAUUUUCGACUGACCUCUGACCUUUCCAGUAGCAUCAAUGACCUGAACAAUUUGGACACAAACCUUCUGUUUGACCCCAAUCAGCAGCAGGGACAAUAUGAAGACUCUACACUGGAGGAACUGAAGAAUGAUCCGCUGUUCCAGCAGAUUUGCGGCGAGACUGCGAAUUCCAAUGGAUUUGAUUGGCUGGAAAGUAAAGACCAGCCCACAGUCGGGUUAAUGGGUUAAUAUGGGCUUUGCUUUUAUUUCAUGAGGGUGAAAUUGUUUAUACGUAUUGUUUUUUUAAAACCUUCUUUGUAAUUAUUCACAUUGACAUUGUAUAGCACACUGCAACACUCUGGAUACAAUGACUUUUGUCCAGUCUAAGUGCCAGGCUGAACAGAUAUUAUCACUCUUACAAAUAUGCUGGUUUUCUCUCUCACAGCUCAUCGCUGGUGCUGACUCAUCCAUUUCUCCCUCUUCAGACAUCAUAAAGUCAUUCAAGAGCAUUUAAAUCAAGACAGUAGAAGAACAAGUAUUUGUACCUUUUCAGAAGGACACAUAGAGGAUAUAAAGAGAUGAAGAGAUCUCUUAAAGACUGUAUCAGUUUUGGUUCAGGAGCUGUUGACUAAAUGGAGAGGUUUGGCAAAUAAUUGGCAACUGUUCCUCCCUCUGUAAAUUGUUUUACUUCCAUGGAAGUAGAUCUGAAGAUAGACUUUAUCAGACAAAUCAUUUGGAACUGCUUUAGAAGCAUACUGUUGUGCAAGAAUGUUAAAUGGGGUGUAUGCUCACCUAAUAUGCCCCUGUACAUCUCAAUUAAGAGUUGAGAUACCUAGGCUAUUGUAUGUACAGUACAUGACCUUGAGAGGGCAUUUGCAGUAGCAUGCACUAGUACUAAUGUUUCUCAUUGCCAUUUCAAGUCUCCUUAAGGAUUGCAGGUGCUUCCAGGUGCAAGACAAAAAUAUACCAAAAUCAAUCAAUGGUUUAAAAAUUAUGAUAAUGCCCUUUUUAGUGUAAAAGCUGUUUGAAAAGACCGCCUGAAAUUUCAGCCUGUUUUGGUGGGAUGGAGUUUUGGCCUGGCUGGUGACAUCACCAGCACAUUAGUUACAAUCACAGUAAGGUAGUUCAUUUUUACCCAGAAAUAAAUUAUGAUAUUGAGAUAACUGCGUUGGACCUUUUAACAUUUAAUUGUUUGCAAUGAUAUUGAGGCAAACUAGUUCCAUUCUCUCAGAAUUUGAAUUUUUAGUAGUAGGAAAAAGGCAGCAGUUUGAAAAGAGAAUGUGUGACUACAGAAUAUUAUUCAAACUAUAGAUUUAAAGCUCAAGAUAUACUAUCUGUAUACUAAACUUGUCAGAAGAUGUCUGAUUGUCAGUUUUGCUGAAACGUUAUGCAAACUUUACAAAUAAGAUAUUGACCACUCAAAUUCAAGUGUGCAUGGUACCAAAAAUUUAGGCUAGGAAAUCGAAAUUUGAAAUUGAUUGAUAUUACUAUGGCUUUUCGCCUUUUCAAAUGUCCUCUCAAGUCCCAGUAGUUAAUGCACUUUUGAGUACAGUGAAACUGUGAGAGCAGGUAGCUGAGGAACAACAGAUGUUAUCUGUUAGUUGUCAUUUUCCAGGCUUGCUUCAUACAUGAUAUUUUGCCCUGAAUGCUGACAUUCUUACUGUAGUUGAGCUCCCCAGUCCUUAGUGUCAAAAGGAAAGGAAAAUGAUUGCUUUGUUUGGAAUAGUAUGUGUUUAUAAGACUUAAAACAAUCAUAAUAGAGACCUGUAAUGGGGAUAGCUUGCACUUUUGUGUCUGCAGAACUAAAGGAAAUGGGCUUUAAGAUGGAGCUCAAAGGACAGUUAAAUAUUGUAUUAAACAGUAUGUAAUACAGAAGAUUACCUUUCUCACCUCUAUCAAGCUUUUUAAGACUUGUGUAGGGCAUUGGUGGUUUUUUAUUUAUUUAACUUUGACUAUUUGGCAGGUAUCAUUUUAAUUAACAGAAAUAUAUUGAUUUAAGCAAGGAAGUGAAGGAAUAUAUUAAUAGGAAUUUAACCUUAUGACACCCCUAUACCAAAGUGUAUUGACUGGAGGAGACCCUGCCCUGUUUCAGUCGUGUAUCUAUUUGGGGAAAAAUGACUUUAUCCUGGUUCUGAUUUAUUUUAAAACUAUGCAUUUUUUUACUUCUCAAAGCGGCUGCUACUGUCAAAGUAGGUUACUGCAGGUUUAUGUAAAUGUAUGUAGUUUUUCCCUUCUCUUUUUAUUUGUUUCAUAUGUGUUACAUACAUUCAGUUAACAAUGUGAUGGAUAUUAAGUAAUUUAGAUUAAAUUAAAUCUGAUAGUUUUCCUUCUAUGGUAAAUCCAAAAAGUUUCUCCCAAGGAUUUGGAAAAAAAUAUUAUGCCAUUGGAUAUUCAAAGUCAUUCCUAUAAAAAGGCACUAAAGUGCAUAAUUGACUGUCAUACAUUGAAAGCUAUUCCCCUUACAUUAAUCUAGAUCCAGUAGAAAAUAGAAUAUUUGAAGGAAUACGGUAAUACAGAAUUACAAAAACAUUUGUAUAAAUUGUAAUUUUCUUCCCCAUGAAUAAUGUUCUUGUUGAGUUCAUUAAUGCACUGCGUUUUAUUCUAACAGUGAAGGGACGUGUUUCACCUGGAGACAUAAAAUGGCAUUUAGUGGUAAAGUACGGGUCAUCUACUACAGGUUUAAAUAGCUUAUUGUAUAGUGAAGAACAGUGUGUGAAUAAGGCAUGCAACAUAUGAAGGGAAUAGUGAAUUUGCCAGAUCCUGUGGUGGUUAUGGACUUUUAAUCUUCUGAGCCUUAUAUCCAUACCAAAGAAACUAAUUAGUGAGAGAGAAAAAAACAUUUAAAUAGGAUUUUUUAGAAGAACCCACAAAUUCCCAGUCUUUUGACUAUUUGCCUGACAAAAGUCAAAUACCUUUUAUAUGGCCAUUUGGAAUUGUCCUUCUUUCAGGUGGGAUGGUUGAAACUAAUAUGAGGAAAUGUUGAAACUGACAACUGAUCUGUAGCACUGGAAAACAUGCUGAAAACCACACUACUGUUCUGGUUUAUAAAAACCAAUGUAGCAGGACAAUAUUGGGGUUAAUUCAGUUGACUGUUGUAAGUGUUCCUCUCUUUUUAACCCCAGUUUGUAAAUAUCAAAGCUCUGACACUGUAUUGUUAUAAUCUAAACUGGUUCUGUGCACCUGCACCCUCUGAAAUGCUAUAUUGGUGAUUUUGGAUCAGGAGCCAGCUAAACUGUGCUUGUGUGUUUGGCCGCUGGCGCCCUUUCUUGUACAGAUAAGGCCGUUUUUUUUCUUAGCUUGGUGUUUGUAUUUUGUUUGCUUCCUGAGAUUUAUAUUGGUUGGCUUUUUGCUUCGAGUGAGAAAAUAGCAUGGGUAUUUAAAAAAAGUAUUAUAUAUUAGCAGGUUGCAUAGCUAUCUUUCUCUGACAAAUUUUGUGUCCAGAACAUUGCAAUGGACACCGGAAUGUCAUGGUUAAAUUUCAACAAGCUUUGAAGGUUCAUGUUAUUGCACUAAACGUUUAAUGAACCAAGGCUUUGGCACCUCUGUUUAGGACAUGCAUCAAUUGAAGCCUCCUAAAUAUUUUUUUAAAGAGCUUAACUAAGUGAAAAAAUAAUUUAGAGAAGUGUCAAUCAAGAAAUAUGAGAACGCUAAUUGUCUUGUGUAGCAAUGUACAUUAAUCUCAAUGAGAUACAGUUUUUACUUCAUUCUCAUACAUGAGAAUAUAAAACUCAAUUUAAAGAAACAUUUUAAAAGAAAAUAUUCUGAAAUAAAUCUUUCACCAUGUUAAUAAAUGAUAUGUGUGCAUGUUUGUAGAAUUCUAUUGUACAGAGUAUUUGUAACCACUUUGCUGUAAUUCAGGAUUGGUCCUGUCAAUCGGAACAGAAAGGUAUAGCGACUCACAAGUUACUUGCAUUGUUUGAUGUUUACUAAUUCAGAUCCAUAUUUGUUCUGUAUGUUCAGGUUUUGAAUCCGUUCUGUUUAUCUGGAUGUUUUUACUUUUUUUAUGUAUCUGUGAAAAGUUUUUUUCAGAAACCAUUGAAAAUAAGCACUGAUGUUUGUACUUAAAUGAAGACAAACCCUGUCUGUUCUUUAAGUGCACAGGGGCAGCUGAGUCCUGUGCUGUACCUUUCACAGACCUGGUAUAAAGUCCCUUUAACCCUCUUCUUCAUCUAUACCUGUAGAAAACCCUAUGCCGUGUUGUUGUCUAGUGUACAGCAGACCGUACAGUAAUUUGAUAAAGUUGCUAUAGCAUUUCAGCAAAGUUUCUUCUUUCUUUUUUAAUUGAAAGUGCUCACUGAUGUUGAGAUUUUUUUUAAGGGUUUUAAAAACCAAUAAACUUUUUUUUAAGUACUUGAA